CGCAUUUCAGUUUCAGUCUGCGUCCCGCGGACGGCGCGCGCCAUAUUGUCCGCCAUUUUGAAAAAGUGAUUAUUGACAUUUUAUACUUUUUAAAUUCCCGCUCUUUUGUCUACGAUGCCGGAUCCUGUCAAUACCGUCUCUGGAAUUAAUAUAAAAAGCUCCCAAAACCGACUAUUGAUCAAGAAUGGCCGGGUCAUCAAUGAUGAUGGAAUGGAAGACGCUGAUGUGUACAUCGAAGAUGGAAUCAUCAAACAAGUCGGCCGUAAUCUAAUCAUUCCUGGGGGUACCCGCACUAUUGAUGCGACUGGAAAGCUGGUGAUGCCGGGGGGUAUCGACCCCCACACUCAUUUGGAACUGGAGAUGAUGGGAGCCAAGACUGCUGAUGACUUCUACAAGGGUACUAAGGCUGCGGUAGCUGGUGGCACUACUACCAUCAUUGAUUUCGUGCUUCCAAAUAAGGGUCAGUCCUUAUUAGAAGCAUAUUCCAAUUGGAGACAAAAGGCUGACAAUAAAGUAUGUUGCGACUACGCACUCCACGUAGGGGUGACUUGGUGGUCACCAUCAGUCAAGAAAGAGAUGGAACAGCUGGUGGCUGAACACGGAGUGAACUCCUUCAAGAUGUUCAUGGCAUAUAAGGACGCUUGGAUGCUGGAGGACUACGAUCUAAUGGUUGCCAUGGAAACCUGUGCUGAGCUGAGGGCGUUGGCUCAGGUGCACGCGGAAAAUGGCAACAUUAUAGCUCGUAACACCGAGAAGCUCCUCGAGGCUGGAGUGACAGGACCCGAGGGUCAUCAGCUCUCGCGUGAUGAGGAAGUGGAAGCCGAAGCUGUCAACAGGGCUUGUGUGAUCGCCAACCAGGCAAAUUCUCCCCUAUACAUCGUUCACAUGAUGUCCAAGAGCGCCGUAAAGGCUCUACGGAUCGCGCGUACACGUCAACGACCACCAGUUUACGGUGAAACCUUGGCCGCUACGGUUGGUACUGACGGUACCCAUUACAAGAACGCUUGCUUCCGUCAUGCGGCUGCUCACGUCUUAUCUCCACCUCUGAGACCUGAUCCUUCCACUCCCGAAGCCAUCGUACAGGCGCUCGCUGAUGACGACCUCCAACUAAUCGGCAGUGAUAACUGCACUUUCAAUGAGAAAGAGAAAGAGUUGGGCAAAGGCAAUUUCACCAAAAUCCCAAAUGGUGUGAAUGGUGUUGAAGAUCGAAUGGCAAUUUUGUGGCAGAAGGCUGUUAACACAGGUAUAAUGGACCCGUGCCGGUUCGUGGCGGUGACGAGCACAACUGCUGCUCGCAUCUUCAACCUGUGGCCCCAAAAGGGUCGUAUCGCGGUCAACAGCGAUGCGGAUGUGGUGGUUUGGGACCCCAGACUGGAGAGAACCAUUUCUGCCGCUUCGCACCAUCAUGCUGUUGAUUUUAAUAUAUUUGAGGGUCAACACGUAGUGGGCAGUCCUCAGUACGUGAUAGUGAACGGACGGGUGUGCUUGGACGACGGGAACCUCAGAGUUGUUGAAGGUCUGGGUAAAUACCUGAAGACCCCACCGAACUGCCCAUUCAUCUAUGGAGAAGAGAGGUCCCGCUCACCACAGACGCAGAACCUCGAGGUUCCUGUCACACCCUCGAAGAUCACCAAUGGAACACCCACACACGACUCCCAUGAGCUGAGCGUGGCCCAGAAGCAGCUGGAGGGUAUGUCGGUGACGUCAUCGGGCUGCAGCACUCCCACGGGCCGCAAGAUGCGGGAGCCGACGCAGAGGAACCUGCAGAACUCCACCUUCUCUAUCAGCCAGGAAAUGGAAGGUCUCAAUACAAAGACGUCUGUCCGCGUGCGAAACCCGCCCGGCGGGAGAUCCUCAGGACUCUGGUAAAAACCGGUUUUAACUGGAAUUCGCCGCGCAUAACCGGUUCAAACCGGCUCACUGCUUCGCGCGGCGCUUUUGCUUGUGAAAAUAUAUUUUGGGACGCACUGCGCCUACGCACUCACGGGGGUGCUUUAGCUUAUCAUUUUUAAAUCUAUUUAUAAUUGACGACUACGUGACUGAAUAAGCAACUUUUGACAAGAUUUGUGUUUCAAAGCUUUUUGCUUUAAAGAAUAUUUAAAAAACACAUUUUCAUGGUAUUAAAAAAAAAUCAAAAAUCAAGCAUCAUCAUUAUCGGAGCUUGCUAAAUUGGCUUACUAUAUAGUAUAUACUUUAACUUUUAUAUUUACAAAUUUAUAGUAUUAUAAUUUAUUUAAAUUAUUUUAAGCUGCUUUUAAUUUAAUUAUAUUAUUACUUAUAAAUAAUUUUAUGCAGUUCAAGAACUAAUAAAAGUUAUGUGUAAUUAUUACUAAAUUUUCAGCCUUCCUGGUGGUCUAGAUGGGAUGUAAUACCUAUAGGUUCAUUGCCUCAUAUUAAAAUUUAUGUAAUUUAAUUUAUAAGGAUCGCGGCUUGUGUGUAUUCUUGAAAUGCUUUGUAAUGUAAACUGUUUUAAAUAUAUGGCAGCUACUACUUAUUUUUAAAAAAAAAUAUUUUUCACAAGCAAAGUGUAUGUAAUCGUGAUAUGUUUGUAUGGUUAUGAACGUUUUCAUUAUUUUUAUAUACCCAAUCUGUGGAAAUGAUAUUUUUAUGUUUUGGGUCCCUUUUACCUUAUGGACUGAGUUAGGAAAUGUGUUAUUAGCAAUUUGUCUAUGGCCAUUAAAAUAUGGCUUCCUUUUAGUGUUACCAGUAAAAUUAUUUCCAAGAAAUUUCGCAUAAAUUUAAUCUUGUCUCGCAUGACGCACUCUGACAAUCCUUAAUUUAUUCCUAUAUAACAUUUGUUAUGACAUAUGUCAUAAUUGAUAUUUUAGCGAUGGUUUUUAAUUUUACAAAAUUGACGUGUCAGAAUGAAACAGAUAAGAAAUAGGUGUGCCCCAUGCCCCAUUAGAGGAUAUUGUUGCGAAAAUAUAUUAUGAACGAAUCAUAAACGUGCAUAAUAUUUGUUUAAUGUAUGCAUUUAACUAUGAAGAAACCAAUUUAUGUCAAAAUGGUUUGUUGGUAUUAAUUACCACCAAUUAGGCCUCAUUUUUAUUGUAUUUAUAUAAUUUCUGUUGUUUAGGUACAAUAUUGUGUAUCAUUUACUUAGAAAACGAGUGAAACAGAAGCAAGAAUAUAUAUAAUUUCUCGAUUGUUAUUGUACUUUUGCUAUUUAGUGCUUCAUAUAACACAAAUAUUCACUGAAAUGACCAAAGUAGGACUUGCUACCUAUAUAGUAAGAUAGAUAUAAUGUUUUGUUAUAAUAAAUCCCCAAAUAGCUAAAAUUAUUGCCUUGUAGCGCCAUCUAUAUUUUAAAUGUUAAAACUUCCACACAUUUGAAUUAGCGCCAUCUAUCCACAGAAAAGAUAAAUAAAGUGGAUAGGGCUUUUGGUACAAUUAUUUACUAGGAGAUGGCAUUGCAUUUUACGCUUAAACAAAUCUGUCAUGUUUAAUCAUACGCGCUUCAUACUAGCUGCAGUCGGUGCCCUUCCGUCUCUAUUUAUCUAUUCCGUAUCGCUAACAAUAGGAAUGGCGCUUAAUAUUGCAAAUUUAGAGCAAAAAUAAAACAAAUUAGUACAAAUUAAUUCAACUUAUACCACCCUUUACCUAGUCUUUGUCCUCACAAUUUUAUAGCGUAUACAACUUUUCUAAUUAUAAUUGUCUGUUCUUUAUUAUGCAUUGUAAAAUAAACAAUGUAAUCGUAA